AAGGGCUGGGCUCUCUCAGCCAGGAGACCGAAGCGCUUCAGUGAGCGCUCGCCGCCGCCCAGCCUCUGCUCGCGCGCCUCCUAGCUCUUCACAGCGCUACCGGGAGUCUGGAGUAGUCCAUAGCCCGAGGGUGGAAAGGGGAAGUCUGUCUGGCUUUUCUCCUACCGUGCUUGUGUUUUCUGCUCCCCGACCCACUGUGUGUGAACCAUGGAGAGAAAAGCCUGGACUCUGCAGUGUACAGCUUUCGUCCUCUUUUGCGCUUGGUGUGCGUCGAACAGUGUAAAAGCUAAGAGGCAGUUUGUCAAUGAAUGGGCUGCGGAGAUCCCCGGGGGCCCGGAAGCAGCCUCGGCUAUCGCGGAGGAGCUGGGCUAUGACCUUUUGGGUCAGAUUGGAUCUCUUGAAAAUCACUACUUGUUCAAACAUAAAAACCAUCCCCGAAGGUCUCGAAGGAGUGCUCCUCAUAUCACUAAGAGAUUAUCUGAUGAUGAUCGUGUGAUAUGGGCUGAACAACAAUAUCAAAAAGAGAGAAGUAAACGUUCGGCUCUAAGAGACUCAGCACUAAAUCUCUUCAAUGAUCCAAUGUGGAAUCAGCAGUGGUACUUGCAAGACACAAGAAUGACCGCAGCCCUGCCCAAGCUGGAUCUUCAUGUGAUACCUGUUUGGCAAAAAGGCAUUACAGGCAAAGGAGUUGUCAUCACAGUCCUGGAUGAUGGCUUGGAGUGGAAUCACACGGACAUUUAUGACAAUUAUGAUCCGGAGGCUAGCUAUGAUUUUAACGAUAAUGACCAUGAUCCGUUUCCCCGAUAUGAUCCCACAAAUGAAAACAAACAUGGAACCAGAUGUGCAGGAGAAAUUGCUAUGCAAGCAAAUAAUCGCAAGUGUGGAGUUGGAGUUGCAUACAAUUCCAAAGUUGGAGGCAUAAGAAUGCUGGAUGGCAUUGUGACGGAUGCUAUUGAGGCCAGCUCCAUUGGAUUCAAUCCUGGACAUGUGGAUAUUUACAGUGCGAGCUGGGGUCCUAAUGAUGAUGGGAAAACUGUGGAGGGGCCCGGCAGACUAGCCCAGAAAGCUUUUGAAUAUGGCGUCAAACAGGGGAGGCAAGGGAAAGGCUCCAUCUUCGUCUGGGCUUCCGGGAACGGGGGCCGUCAGGGAGAUAACUGUGACUGCGAUGGCUACACGGACAGCAUCUACACCAUCUCCAUCAGCAGCGCCUCCCAGCAAGGCCUAUCCCCCUGGUAUGCUGAGAAGUGCUCCUCCACCCUGGCCACCUCUUACAGCAGCGGGGAUUACACCGACCAGCGAAUUACCAGUGCUGACCUGCACAAUGACUGCACAGAGACCCACACGGGCACCUCGGCCUCGGCACCCCUGGCGGCUGGCAUCUUUGCUCUGGCCCUGGAAGCAAACCCAAAUCUUACCUGGCGAGAUAUGCAACAUUUGGUCGUGUGGACCUCUGAAUAUGAUCCACUGGCCAAUAACCCUGGGUGGAAAAAGAAUGGAGCAGGCUUGAUGGUGAACAGUCGAUUUGGAUUUGGUUUACUCAAUGCCAAAGCUCUGGUGGACUUAGCUGACCCCAGGACCUGGAGCAGUGUGUUUUUUUAGUGUGUUGUAAAGGACAAUGACUUUGAGCCCAGAGCCCUGAAAGCAAAUGGAGAAGUUAUCAUUGAAAUUCCAACAAGAGCUUGUGAAGGACAAGAAAAUGCUAUCACAUCCCUGGAGCAUGUACAGUUUGAAGCAACAAUUGAAUAUUCCCGUAGAGGAGACCUUCAUGUCACACUCACUUCUGCUGCAGGAACCAGCACUGUCCUGCUGGCUGAAAGAGAGCGGGAUACAUCCCCUAAUGGCUUUAAGAAUUGGGACUUCAUGUCUGUUCACACAUGGGGAGAGAACCCUAUAGGCACCUGGACUUUGCAAAUUACAGACAUGUCUGGAAGAAUGCAAAACGAAGGAAGAAUUGUGAACUGGAAGCUAAUUCUGCAUGGGACAUCUUCUCAGCCUGAGCACAUGAAACAACCUCGCGUGUAUACAUCCUACAACACUGUUCAGAAUGACAGAAGAGGGGUGGAGAAGAUGGCUGAUUCCGGGGAGGAGCAGCCCACACAAGAGAACCCUAAAGAGGACUCCCUGGUGUCCAAAAGCCCCAGCAUCGGGAGUGUGGGGAGCAGAAGGGAUGAGCUGGAAGAGAGGGCCCCUUCCGAGGCCAUGCUGCGACUCCUACAAAGUGCUUUCAGCAAAAAUUCCCCACCAAAGCUAUCACCAAAGAAGUCUGCAAGUGCAAAGCUCCAUAUCCCUUAUGAAAACUUCUACGAAGCCCUGCAAAAGUUGAACCAACCUGCUCAGCUUAAAAACUCUGAGGACAGUCUGUAUAACGACUACGUUGAUGUUUUCUACAACACAAAACCUUACAAGCACAGAGAUGACCGGCUGCUGCAGGCCCUGGUGGACAUCCUGAAUGAGGAAAAUUGAAAAAAAUGUGUGGUCCUGUGUUGGAAAUAUUCAUGCUUCUUCCUUCCUUAGAUUUCAUCUGUGUCUAAAGUGGUUGUUUUGUCAUUGCUUCCUAUCUAGGCUCAUAAUAUUCUUUGUGGUACUUUUUCCUUUUCUCCCCAAGCAGUGCAUUUGAAGGGUAUGAGCUCAAGUGGGAUCAUUGCUCUUCCCUACCCACACAGGUGUUUUGUUCUUUCUGGAGUCACAAUAGAUGCAUGACUCUCACACCCUAUUAAAAAACCUCCUUGGGCCUUUUCAUUUCUCAAUAGAAAAGGAAAACCUAGGCAAUUCAAUAAUUCGAAAAAGUAAUCAGCAAAGAAUAAUAGAGAGAGAGAAAGCUGUUUUUGUAGCUUCUUUCUUGUCUUUGCCAUGUAAUUCUUUGAUUUUUGUUGCCAAGGAAGGUUUUAGAAAGUCCUAAUUAGUCCUAGCUCACAAUUAGACCUUGGGCUAGGCCUUUCUAUUCCAAAAUACUAUUUAUUCCAAAAAUGUCGAUCUGGUUACUUGGAGGGAAAGCUGGGUUGUAUAGAUUCAGAAACAGACCUAGAGGUCUGUGUUUACUGGUUCGAACUGUUCUAGAACAUUCUUCCUUCUGUGGUGUGAGCAUGGAGUUCAGCCCUUGUGAAUCUAACAGUGGCUGCGACUCCUGCUGUGUGCUUGGUCUUCUCUACUUUCCCUUCUUCCCCUUCUUCUGGUUUCUUUUUUCUUUUUUCCUGUCUCCUUCAGCCACAAACUAAGUAUUACAAAAACUAUUCAGUAAUUUAUACCAUUUUCUCAAACAUACUUGGGAUUUCACAAAUGCCUAGUCACCAAUUUUAUUUUUAAUAGUAGUUAUAAGAAAUUGCUCAUAACAUGGCAAACCAAUGUAAUUAUAGGAAAAUAUUCAUCAUAGAGAGAACCAACAAGAAGUUUGAUUUUUGUUUUUAAUAAAAUUGUGUUCAUUAGAGCAGGUGGACCUGGAUCUUUAAAACUAGUGUUCAUUCUUCGGGACCAGCAGUUGGCGUAAUGGCUGUAUUGCUGGACUCCCAUGUAGUUGGCCAUGGUUCGAGUCCUGGA